AUUGUUAGAUGAGUAUUAUUUAUUUUAGGAGCUAGAAUAAUUAACAAGUAUUACAUAAUGAACCAUUUAUAAAGAUGAAAUGUAGUAAGAAACAAGAAUAAAGAAUAUAGUAUAUUAACAAAAAUCAAGCUAGAUAUUUUUAUUACAUAAAGAAAAAAUCAAACCAGACAAACAAGACUCUGUAGAAGAUAGAAAGAAACAAAGAACAUAGAGAGAUAUAAGAAAACGAUAUGAAGAAAAUUUAAUUGAUAAUUAAAGAAAAUGAUGGGAAGUGAAGAAAGAGAGAAAGUAGUGAAGAAGAAGAUCCAAGAACUAGAAGAAGGACAUGCUUUCAUGAAACAAGAAAUGUCAAAGCUUAAGUUUAAUGAUGGUAAAGAACAACAACAUCGUCAAAGGUCUCAGUCUGUGUCUCCUCAACGUUCUAGAUUAGGUUCAUGGAACAAAGGUUCUUGUUCUUUCAAACACUCAUCACCUCUCAGAAAGGAAACUCAUGCUCAUACUCAUACACUCAUCAAUUUCACUGAAAAACAUUAUCUCAAUAUUUUGCACUCUUUGGGCCAUUCUGUUCAUAUCUUGGAUCUUAACUCUCGUAUCAUUUAUUGGAACCGUAGUGCUGAAAAUCUGUAUGGUUAUGCAGAAGAGGAAGUUUUGGGACAGGAUGGGAUUGAUUUGCUUGUGGACUCUAGGGAUUGGGGGUUAGCUCAUGAUACAGUGAAUUGUGUCAUGAAGGGAGAAAGAUGGAGUGGUCAAUUCCUAGUCAAGAAUAAGAAAGGAGAUAGCUUUUUAGCUGUAACAACCAAUACUCCUUUUUAUGAUGAUGGAAGCUUAGUUGGGAUUAUCUCUGUGUCGAGUGAUUCCCGGCCGUUUCUUGAAAUGAGGGCUCCAUUUUUUGGUGUAAAGAAUGCUGAAUCGGAUAAUGGUUCUAUGCGUCGUAGCAGUAGUGUUGCAAAUAAGCUUGGCUUUGAUUCUCAGCAGCCACUUCAAUCUGCUAUAGCAUCUAAAUUUUCGAAUUUGGCGUCGAAGAUGAGUAACAAAGUUAAGUCGAGAAUUUGGACCGGAGAAAAUAAUGUGGACCGUGAAGGUGUGAAUGGAGAAAGUUAUCAUUCUGAACUUGGUUUCUCAGAACACCGAGAAGAUGCUAAUUCUAGUGGAGAUACCACACCUAGAGGUGAUUUGCCACAGUCCCCUCCUGGUGUAUUUUAUCGUGUUGAAGAAAAGUUUGAAGGAAAAACUUUGAGAGAUUCUGGUGAUGAGAGUGAAGGAAAACCUGUUCACAAAAUUUUACCUACUAAGGCUGAAGCAUGGAUUCAAAAGAAAACAUUAUCGUGGCCAUGGAGAACAAAUGAUCGAGAAGAAUCAGAGGCAAGAAAUGUUCGUGCUGCUGAUCUGUGGAUGCAGAAUGAUCAAGAAAAUGAAUCAGUUAAUCAGAAGAAUCUUUCUUCUGGCUUGAAGCAUGAAAGCCAGGCCGGUGAAAGUAAUCGCCAUACUAACAAUGAGGGUUCAUUAUCCCGUUCUUCCUCUUAUAAUGUUAUUCUUAACAACACGAGUAGUGCUAGCAGUUGUGGGAGUGCUGGCAGUGGUGGUGUAAAUAGUAAAGUGGAUGUAGACUCUGAUUGUUUGGAUUAUGAAAUUUUGUGGGAGGAUUUGACGAUUCGAGAACAAAUUGGACAGGGUUGUUGUGGAACUGUGUACCAUGCGCUGUGGUAUGGAUCAGAUGUUGCUGUCAAGGUUUUCUCAAAGCAAGAGUAUUCGGAUGAUUUGAUACAGUCCUUCAGGCAAGAGGUAUCUGUCAUGAAAAGACUUCGACACCCAAAUAUUCUCCUCUUUAUGGGAGCAGUGACUUCUCCUCAACGUCUCUGCAUUGUGACGGAGUUUCUCCCACGAGGAAGCUUGUGUCGCUUGUUACAUAGAAACACGUCCAAACUUGAUUGGAGACGGCGAGUUCAUAUGGCUUUGGAUAUUGCACGAGGCGUAAAUUAUCUUCAUCAUUAUAACCCGCCUAUUAUUCAUAGAGAUUUGAAGUCUUCAAAUCUUCUAGUUGAUAAGAACUGGACUGUUAAGGUUGGUGAUUUUGGUCUUUCACGUCUUAAGCACGAAACAUAUCUCACAACUAAGACAGGAAGGGGCACGCCUCAAUGGAUGGCACCAGAAGUUCUUCGUAACGAACCGUCAGAUGAAAAGUCUGAUGUAUACAGCUUCGGGGUGAUAUUAUGGGAACUUGCGACUGAAAAGAUUCCUUGGGAUAAUCUCAACGCAAUGCAGGUAAUUGGAGCUGUUGGGUUCAUGAAUCAGCGUCCGGAAAUUCCAAAAGAUGUUGAUCCAGGGUGGGCUUCUUUAAUUGAGAUCUGCUGGCACAGUGAUCCAACUUGCCGACCAACUUUCCCGGAACUGCUCGAAAGGCUUAAAGAGUUGCAAAAACAGUAUGUCAUUCAGUUCCAGGCGGCCCGAUCGGCUGGUGGGGAAAGCACCCAAAGAAAGGAGUCCUAGAGACAGUUCUUUCUGUCACUCAUGGAUGGUUAUACACAAGUAUAAUUUUGUGCAUAUACAUAAAUUCAUGGAGUAUGAGUUGAUAUUGAAUAGUUGGUCUGAGCCCGAGGUCUUCGUCAACAUCCUGCCAUUGUAAUAUAUAAACGAGAUAUAGUGAUUUUUUUGUAUUAACCCUCCGAUUCAUAUGGGAAUGAGACCAUGGUGAGAUAUAAUGGUUAAAAAAGGUGGUGAUUACCAUACUUUUUAAUGUUGAUUGGGUUAGUCAUUUUUUAUGUAUUGAUUGGAUUAGCUAUCUGCUACAACCAAAAUUUAUUUUAAUUUUCUAUGCAGAAUAUUUGUGCCAUUAUAUUAAUGUUGUACAAAAGGUAGUGAAAAGGAGUGUUUGUUGUGGUUGGAUCUCCAUCAUCAUUACCCACUUUUGAAGUAAAAGUGCAGCUCAGCACAACAGAUUUUAAAUGAA